AUGAGUCAUACGGUUCUUCAGUCUUUCAAAUCUGGAUCUAGUUCACCAUCGAAUGAAAGUCAAUUGAGUUGUGGUGGCGAAGCAUGUGAAAAAUGUGGUGCUUGCCGUGACUGGUAUGAACGACGCAACAGUGAUGAUGUAUUCAAACGAUACAAUGCAAGUUGUACACUCGAUCAUAUGUUUCAACAUAAACUCGUUCGUCAUCCGGUUCGUUCUAAUCAGGGAUAUCGUCCAGUCCAUGCUUUAAUAUGCAUGUGCAGAGAGAACGGAUGGGGAUGA